AUUUUGAACAACAAGAUGUCGCCAAAGUUGUCUUCAAGUUCUAUUUUUACUAUGGCUUUUAUUCCUGGUUUUUUACACUUACAGCACGCCUUCCUCGGACCUUUGUAACUGUGGUUUAUCUUAAAGAAGUCAGUUUUUAUGGAGAAAAUAAUAACAGUAAAGCAAGAACCAGUAGAUGACAAUACUGUGAUUGCUGCCUCCAAUGYACAGGCUCGCCAGGCCUCACCUACAGUAUCAACACAACCGACCAUUACACUGGUUAAGGUGGAAAAUGUCUCAAGUAAUGCUGCAAAUAAUCAAGGAGGUAGUGCAGCCAAACCUAUUUCAAUAGUACAAACAGGCAACCAACCAUCUUCACCUCAAGUUCAAAGGGUACUCUUAUCAGGAAGUCCUGUGAAAAUAACCCAAAUAAAACCAAAUAGAACMGACGCUGGUCAUGUAUUACCUGGACAGACAGUCCAGCUACAAGGACAGACAAUCAAGGCUGGAAAUGUCACUCUUGUCCAAGUGCAAAAGGUCAAUCCAGCAACCAAACAGAARACUGGUUCACCCAGUAAGCAGGGUCAACCAUUUCAUGUCCAGAAGAUAUUACCAAUAAACUUAGCAACAACGCUAACUGCAUCACAAACAGUAGCUUCUACUCCUGUCACCAUGGCAGCGUCGAGUGCAGGGGUGAUGGURCGGUCUAUUGCCCCAAAAGUUAAUAUAGCACCUGCUCCAGGUGUUACUCAAACUGUUCAGCUUGCUCCUAAACCUACCAUAACUCAAGUCGCUGGUGGUAAUCCUCAAGGACAACAGCACCGUUUUAUUAUUCCAGCUCCUAACAUUUCAACDGCUAAUACAAAUAUACAGUUCCCUCAUGGUGUUAUAAGCGGUGGAGUAGUCUAUCUACCACAGCAAGCACUAGCRUCAGGGGGAUUCCCCAUUGCCGUUCCMCUUACAGCAAACACAUUUACGCCCGAUAAUCAACAAAAUACAACCCUCAAUGGCACGUCUCCYGAUAAUUCCCCACCGGCAAGGCCUCGAAAGCCAUGCAACUGUACAAAAUCACAGUGCUUAAAACUAUAUUGUGACUGUUUUGCCCAAGGGGAGUUUUGUAAUAACUGUAACUGUAUCAAUUGUUCAAAUAAUAUGGACCAUGAGAAAGAAAGAAGUAAAGCAAUCAAGGCAUGUCUKGAUCGAAAUCCUCAUGCAUUUCAUCCAAAAAUAGGAAAAGGAAAAGUGGGAGAAUCUGAACGAAGGCAUAAUAAGGGAUGCCACUGUAAAAGAUCAGGUUGUCUGAAAAACUAUUGUGAAUGCUAUGAGGCUAAAAUUCUUUGUACAAGUUUAUGUAAGUGCACUGGGUGCAAAAACUUUGAAGAAAGUCCUGAAAGAAAAACCCUCAUGCACCUUGCUGAUGCAGCAGAGGUCAGAGUAAAUCAGCAAAACGCUGCAAAAACGAAACUUGAAUCUCAAAUUGAGGAUUUACCAACAMGACCAUCAAUCAAAACAAGCUCAGGGGAAAGAUUACCAUUUUCGUUUGUAACCAAUGAUGUAGCUCAAGCUACUUGUCAGUGCCUGGUAGCACAAGCAUCUGAAGCAGAAAAGGUUGGUUUAUCCCCUGCUUCGGCUGAGAGAAUGAUUCUAGAAGAAUUUGGUCGAAGUCUUUUACAGAUAAUUCAUACUGCAAGUAAAACAAAAGCACAACCAUAAUCAUGUACAGUCUACUAAUGGAUUACAAUGACCGCACCCCAGACAACACCGGCCUCCUYCACAGCCGUCAGUUCUGUUGUAGGUCUUCAGGAAGCGAGACAAUAGAACGGYUGCGUUGGAGGCUAAGACAACAGCUACCAAAUGUUAAUAUGUACAUUGUAUUUUAUAUAGCUUUUUAGAUGCGUAGCAGUCUGACUAGAUGGGUGAUUAAACACAUAUUAUAUUAACUCGAA